AUGGCGGCGACUGCGCGGUUGGCGGCCAAAUUCAACUCCUAUUACUCGGAGAAGCCGGUCCUUACGACUAUGGUCACCAACGCGAUCCUUGGUGGAGUCGCGGACACAGUGGCUCAGUUGAUCACAGCGUUUAGAGCCCGAACUGGGGUGCACCGUGGCGACGAUUUCAUCUCGAUUGAAAUUCAUGAUCUGGACAAGGAAAAGCCUCCCGCUGUGGGAGAAUUGGGUCAUGCGAAGCACACGCCGCCCCCCUUCGACUUUGAACGACUGGUUCGUUUCAUGUCGUACGGUUUCUUCAUGGCUCCCAUCCAGUUCCAGUGGUUUGGUUUUCUUUCGAGGACGUUCCCUCUCGCCAAGAAGAACCCGACAUUCUCUGCGUUGAAGCGGGUGGCAUGCGACCAGCUUCUCUUCGCUCCGUUCGGAUUGGUCUGCUUUUUCUCUUACAUGACAAUCGCUGAGGGUGGUGGUAGACGCGCCUUGACCCGCAAGCUCCAGGACGUUUAUCUCCCUACACUCAAGGCCAACUUUGUCCUCUGGCCUGCGGUCCAGGUUCUCAACUUUCGAGUUGUGCCCAUCCAAUUCCAAAUCCCCUUCGUCUCUUCGGUUGGUAUUGCUUGGACUGCGUACCUCUCCCUUACAAACUCUGCCGAGGAAGAAUAA